AUAAAAUAAUAUAGUCUGUGGUUACGGGAUUCACCGAAAAGUGUUCACAAAAUGUUUUUAUUUCGUAUCAGUAGAUAAGUUAAAUUAAUAAAUGCAUAAAAUACAACAGUUGACUCCUUACUACCGCCUGGGAAGUGCGAAAUUGAAGUGUAACUACAGUCAGUUGUGAAAUAGGUUAAUUUGCAAUUGAAAGAGUGCGUAUGCAAGUCUAAAUAUAAAUAAAAUAAACGAUGAAUAGUAAAAUGGAAGACGAAGUGGAAACAAAACUGUGCGAGAAUUGUAAGCGCGAAAUCCCGACGGUGAACUUCACGAUCCACAACGUGCAUUGCGCGCGGAACAUCAGAGUGUGUCCCGUUUGUAAGGAGCCCGUGCCGUAUGCAGAGCUCAAGGAGCAUCAUGAGAAACUGCACAAACUAUUGCCUUGCAAGAAAUGCGGGGAGCAAGUAUGCGGGACAGACUUGGAGGACCACAUCCGUGACUCGUGCGCUCACACCGUCAAGACAUGCAGGUACUGCGAGCUGGAACUCCCUCGACGUGACCUCCCCGCGCACGAGAACUACUGCGGGGUGCGCACUGAGCAGUGCCCCGACUGCCGCGAGUGGGUCAUGAUCAAGUACCGCCAUCUGCACGUCGAGUCCAACCAUGGGUUCAUUCGGCUGGACGAUGACCCUCCCCCGGUAAUAAGGAAGGAACCUCCCAAAGGUCCCGCGAAGCCAGUAACGACUAAAGCCACGAGCACCAACACAGGCAUUACUAACAUGCCUUCGACCAGCAACGGCUUCUCAAGACCCGCCUCCUCUAAUGUUAAUAGAACCAAUGGCGUGAAGAAUGUUAACGUGCCUAGGACUGAAAUGAAGUACUUCAGCAGCGGUAGUUCCAGUUCAUCAUCAUCUUCCCUGGCCGGCGAGGGGCCGUCCGACUGGCGAGCACCACAGACCAACGGCUCCAAGGCACCCGCCAAGAGGAACAAUGAUCAGCCACAGAUCAAUACCAAUAUGGAGACUACGAAAAAAACUGACAAGGAUUUAAGUAUUUCCCGCGGCGCCGUGAAGAAGCGUCCGGCUCCAAAGCCGCCGAUCCGCUCGCCGCCCGAGAACCCGCGCCGCGACCUGCCCUACUACAGCGCUAUGGAACGGCAGCAAAGAGAGGAGAGACAGCGGCAAGAACAGAAGGCGUAUAACUUGUCUGUGGGUCUCCCACCAGUACUGAGUCCAGCGGCGAAACUCGAAAAACUGCGAAAAAUGGACGCCCUGCAAAACCCAGAAACGCACGUAGACUACAAGAGUCGUCUCCAAGGUCGUUUGAACAAAAGUCCUGAAUUACAUCCUAGCCCGGGCUUUGUUUUAGGCCAUCCUUCUAGCUCAGACCCUGAGAGGCGACGGCAGGAGUUCCAGAACUUAAAGCCGAUGACUCCUCAGGAGUUUCUGGAGAGGUUCAAUGAGAUGCAGCUGAGGAAGGAGGAGGAUGGGAGACGGAAUAACGGGGAGAACGAUGUGAGGAGGAAGAGUGCGGAUCGGUUCAGUGAGAUCAAGUCUUCGUUGAGAGAGCUGCGCAGGGGAUUGAAUGAGGUGACGGCUCCGUAUCAUUCAAACCCUAACAUCCCGGCCAACCAAAAUAACAAUAAUAAUAUCAACGGUAACGAUCGCGGCAAUCGUUCUGGCCGUGCAUCGCCCGCUAAUGACGAUGUGCGGCUGCCGUGCGAGUUCUGCAACUCGCUCAUACCCGCACACAACCUCGUGCAGCAUCAGACGGGUUGUCGGCCAGACCUGGCACAGCUGCGGCCACGUAGCGCUUCGCCGCAGGGGGCGGCGGCGCGGGCGGCGGCGGAGCCCGACGAGGAGCCCGUCAUCCCCUGCGAGUUCUGCACCGAGUCGCUGCCUGUCUACCUCAUCAGCGAACAUCAGGAACGAUGUGGCAGGGAGGCCAAUCUUCUAUAUCCCGACUGAACGAGUCUUCCUCUAGAUUUACCAUUUACAUACUAUAGCUAUACUUAAACGUAACAAUUCAAUAGUCUCGAUGUAUACCAAUUUUCAAGCAAUUUCUUCUUAUGUGUUGCAAUCUAUAAAAAUUUAAUUCAACAUUUCUUUAAUGUCUAAGAUUAAUUUUCUUUGUACAGGAAAAGCUAGUUAUUGUAAAAAAAUAUAAUGCAUUUUAUUUUUCUUUUCAUAUUUAGUUACUUUUUCUAAAAACUGCAUUUUUCUGAACUAAGUAUUUCUUGAAACUGUUCGUCUAUGACUGUUAACUUUAAAAACACAGUAACUGGCUUUUACUGAAUAAGAACAAUUUGAUCUC